GGUUUUUUCCCCCCUCCUCCUCCUCCUCUUUAAGUCGUGUGACGGCGUCUCUGGAUUGGAGUAUUUACGCCACUCCACUUUUAUUGAAUGUUAUAUUUUGUUUUAUAUUUUUAGAUAAAGACUCGGAUACAGAGAGCGAGACAAUUAUCCGUCCAAGGUUUUUGACCAAAGAUGUGAUGAGUUAAAGGUAACUCGGUAUUUUUACGCGUGAAGAAGAGCUGCUGCUGCUGUGGGGGGAAAAGACUGGACCCAAGUGAUUAUUAUUAUUAUUAUUAUUAUUAUUAUUAUUAUUAUUUUUAAAUCGGACAUUAAAAGAAGAUGUUUGGGCAUGACUACUGAGUAUCGUAUUAAAAACAAACAAACAAACAAAAAACCAAAGCGUGGAUAGCUGGAAUACCGUUAUUGAUGUAGAGCAGAAACGACCGUUCGUGUACAUAGUGUUUAUUUCUGUCAGUUUCAUAACUAAGUGAGUGGGUGAGACUUAUUGAACUGAGAGAUUCCGACGUGUAAUUUGGUACUUCUUCAUUUGUGGCUGGUUUAAAAUCAGGAAGAACAGAGCAACAUUGUUACUGAGGAAUCCAGACAGUUUUUUGGGGGUGGUUAAAUGUUAAAAAUGAGAUUUUUUUUUUAACCCUUAGGAAUAUACCCAGCUCUUAAGAAUAUCCUGUUUUAGUUUGUUUCCUAUAUAAUGAUCUGUACUGCGUGGAAAAUGCACACUGACCCAACGACAUGUCAAGUCGUAGUCGACAUCCUGCUGAGGGUUUCACCGUAUUAAUUGUCCUCAGUUCGGAAUAAAAGAUGUCCCUUUCAGAGCAAGCCUAGUUUUCCAGCUUACCUCAUUCACAAGGCGUUUCUCGGUACCGUGAAGAACUUAAGGGACUGUUCGAGUCAGAGCUGUCCCUGCUAUCCGGACUACUCCAGAGGACUCGCAGGACAUCGAUCCAUCAUACAGCUGAACUUUCAAUCAUGCGCCUGUCCCCUUUCCUUGCCGUCUUCCGGCCAGCCCUGCCUCUCAUCCUGGGCUUGUCAUUGGGAUGCAGUCUCAGCCUGCUUAUGGUGUCCUGGACGCAGGGGGACACGGACGAGGUCUGCAGCGAUCAGCUGCGUCUUGGACUACUUCCGGGCGCCCGUGUCGGAGAACCCGAGAGAGUGGAAGGAGGGGACAGGAACGAGGAUUUCCAACCUCGCAUUGUACCCUAUAACAAGGACCCGAGCAAGCCACAUAAGAAAGUGCUCAGGACCCGUUAUAUCCACACAGAACUUGGCAUUCGUGAGCGCCUCCUGGUGGGCAUCCUGACCUCGCGCGCCACCCUUAACACGCUGGCCGUGGCGGUGAACCGUACCGUGGCCCACCGCUUCCACCGCACCUUUUUCUUCACCGGCCUCCGCGCCACCAAGCUGCCCCACGGCAUGACCGUGGUCGCUCACGGUGACGACCGACCCGUCUGGCUCAUGUACGAAACCAUCCGUCACCUGCAUCAGCACCACGGCAACGAAUACGACUGGUUCUAUCUGGCCCAGGACGACACAUACACACAGGCAGAGCGCAUCAUGAACCUAGUGGGGCAUUUGAGUGCGGGACAGGAUCUCUACAUGGGCCGCGCAGAAGAGUUUAUCGGCGGCGAAGAGCGAGCUCGCUACUGCCACGGCGGGUACGGAUACCUGUUGUCACGGAGCCUGCUGGCCCGGCUACAGCCACACCUCGACGCUUGCCGCAACGACAUCCUCAGCGUCAGGCCUGACGAGUGGCUGGGCCGCUGCAUUAUCGACUACCUGGGACUGAGCUGCAUGGAAAAGCACCAGGAGAUGACCUACUAUUACUUUGAGCUGCAGAAAAACGCAGACCCCGAUCGCGAGGACAGCACGCAGUUCAAGAACGCCUUCACCGUGCACCCAGUCUCAGAGCCGGCGCUCAUGUAUCGCUUACAUAAACGCUACAGCCAGAUUGAACUGGACUGGACCUACACCCAAAUACAGCAGCUACAGGUUCAAAUCAACAAUCUGAGUGAGCUCACUCCAGAAGGCAAAGCAGGAGCCACCUGGCCCAUCGGGGUCAACCCGCCUUUCCGUCCCAAGACACGAUUCGAAGUAAUCAACUGGGAGUAUUUCACAGAAGAGCACAUCUACUCCUGCGCCGACAGCUCCCCGAAGUGCGAGCUCCGUGGAGCGGACCGUGCAGACGUCGACUCCAUUUUGGAGACCGCUGUGGAGCGCUUAAACGAGCGCUAUCAACCACAGCUGCGUUUCCGGAAGCAGCGUUUGUUGAACGGCUACCGCCGCUUUGACCCCACACGUGGUAUGGAGUAUAUACUGGAUCUGGCCCUACAGGCCUUCACGCAGAAAGGCCACAGUCAGGUGAUCGCCAAGCGCGUGGGCUUGCUAAGGCCUCUCAGCUCCAUAGAGAUCAUUCCAAUGCCCUAUGUAACUGAAGCAACGAGAGUGCAGGUCAUCCUUCCAGUGACUGCACGGGAUCAGGACUUUGUGGGAAACUUUUUGGACACGUACGUGAUGAACACUUUGGACACGCGGGACAAUGCUCUACUGACCUUCCUUUUUGUGUAUGACCCCUUCGAUGCACAGAGGGUCAGCCAGACCGACGUGUUUGCCAGUGUGAAAUCUAUGAUCAGCGAGGUGGAGAAGCGCUACAGCGACGUGAAGAUCCCGUGGAUCAGCGUCAAAACGGAGGUUCCGUCACAGGUCAAGCUGAUGGACAUCAUCUCCAAGAAGCAUCCAGUGGACACGCUUUUCUUCCUAGCCAGCGUGUGGACCGAGGUCACCGGCGACUUCCUGAACCGUUGCCGUAUGAACGCCAUCAGUAACUGGCAGGUCUUCUUCCCUGUUCAUUUCCAAGAGUACAGCCCAGCUCUAGUGUACCGCGACCAGCAACCUUCCGCGGCGUCGUCGUAUUCUUCCGAGGCGCUCCGAGACGGCCGCUUCGACCGGCACGCGUUCGACGAGGCCUGUUUUUACAACGCCGACUACAUGGCGACCCGUACCAAGAUGGCCAAUGACGUCAUGGACAACGACGAGCUUCUGGAGAGCAUGGACGUUUACGAGAUUUUCGUGCGCUACUCCAGCUUACACGUCUUCCGGGCCGUGGAGCCGGCUCUGAUCCAGAAAUACGUACGGCGAGCCUGUAACCCCCGGUUCAGCGAAGACAUCUACCAUCGCUGUGUGCUGAGCAAUUUAGAAGGGCUGGCCUCACGCUCGCACUUAGCUAUGGCUCUGUUUGAACAAGAGCAGGCAAACAGCACCUAGGACAUGUUGCUGGAAAGGGAGGUAGACCCGCCUCUCGCGAGUCUCACUCUGCCAUUGUAUCUGGCCUUACUGAACAUUAGUCUGCAAACUGUGAAAACCAACCUUUAAUAAUUCCACGACGAACUUGUUGAACGUAUAUAUCCGAGAAUAUAGAAUGUGAGACCGUUUCAGUACAGCAAAUCCACGUUAAACGACGACACUGAUUAAAGAUAUCUUAUUCAGUAAGUCUGGACCUCACGUUCUUUCUCAGCGUCUUCGCGAUUAGUCAAAAGGUCAGUAAUUAUCUGAUGCUAAGCAAUAAUAAGAAUUUAUUAUUGAUUUUUUUUUUUUUUUUAAUGAUCAAAAAGCCCACUAAAAGUAGUAUUUAUAAAGCGCAUUUCAAACCAGCCCGAGGCUGACCAAAGUGCUGUACGGUAGACACGAUAUAAUAACGCUGGAAUACAAGGAAAUCGAUCAAUCGGUUAACAGCCGAAGAAGAAAGAUCAGUUUUAAGAAGUGAUUUAAAAAUAGCUCGUAUAGCCAAAACAAGUUUAAAGCAAUAACAUCCCGUACGUCUCUUGGUAGCUGUAGAGAUAUUACAUAUAUUAUUAGAUUUGCACUGAAGCUGGAGGAAGGAGGUGAAGAUUAUUCGUUAUGCCCGAGACUGAGCAUAAUAUAUAUAUAUAUAUAUAUAUAUAUAAAAAGAAACUCAUAUUCCCACUCAUGGCGUGUUUCAUAAGUCCCAGUGCGACUUAAUUCUUAGCAGGCCAAGUCACAUGACCACAUUCAUUCUUCCUGAUACAGAGUCCCAUAUGAAAUUGUGGCAGGGGAUUGGCUUUAGAUUCACUCCACAGUAGAAAGGAACACUCUGUACUGAAGGAGGCUUAGGAGGAUAAAUAAGUUAUGCUGUGCUGUUACCUCAACUCCCAUCUUCUCUUUCAGGACGUUCUCUAGCCGAGGCAGGAAUUCGGCGCACGUACCGUAUGCGCGGAGGGAGAAAACGCUUCAGGGGAUAGCGGGAGAGUGAGAAAGACCCGAAGGAAGGGGUUGAGGUGAGAGCCUGAUGUUUACAGGGCUCUCCCAGUCUGCCUGCUCUCUCACCGAAGUCAUUUCCUGUAAUAAAACGACGGUGAAAUCAUGCACCUCGGAAGAAGGGAGUGAAAAGGCUCUUUUUUUUAAAAACGCACAGUCAGGUCACUCAGUAUACAAGACACCACCUGUUUGUCUUUGGUGCUGCGAGGCGGUGAAACACAACGACAGGUCUGUGUGAGCAAACCCAGGCAUGACAAAGACCUAUUGUAGGCUUACUUUCCUCUCGAUCGGUAUGUCGGAGUUAUCAUCGGUAAGUUCGGCGCGAGGGUUUGUUUAACGAUGUGUUUAGACGGCGAAAAAGGGGAGGAAACUUCUCAAGGCAUAUUUAGUGCAGGAAACAUGAAUACAGUGUGUGUGUGUAUAAGGGCUAAAGGAAGAACAGGUUUGCACAUACAGCAGAAUGAAUCAAUAUACUUUUAUAUUCUCAACGAUAUCAAAUGUGAUGAUAAAUAUAAAACGUAUUACAAGUAGGAUUCAGAAUCAGUCACUUUUUAAUCUAUGGAUAAAACAGACAGAAUGCAUUUUAACCGUAGCACCAAAAUAUAAAUACUGUAUGACCAAAGUUGUGUGUGUUUCAUCCGAGCAGGACACCUAUACACUGGUGGCUUGGAACUAAACGUAACUGGUGGGUUUAAGACCCCUGUAUUUAUAUUACUGGAAGGUUCUAGAAAGUCUGGAAAUGUUUCACAUUGUGCUAUUGUCCUUUCAGUAAUGAAUCUGGUUUUAGAACGAGUUCUCAAGUCACUACACACACACAUAUAAAAAUCACAACAGCGUCAGGAGCCGGUUUCUUUUACAAACUUUGGCAAGCGCUUUUUUUUUUUAUUAUUAUUAUUAUUAUUAUUAUUAUUUACAUCCACACUUGUGAUUCUCAUUCUACGUUCUCUCUGUUGAAAGUGAACAACGAAAAUAUAGAACAGUACGAGUGAGAAACCUAAUCAUAGUGUAGCAUCAAAAAAAAAACACACCCUACUGCAUGUGUACAGAAAGUUCAUUAACACUGACUAGAAAACCACUCGGCUGAUCCGUCACGUACAUCCGUUGCAUACAAAUUGUUCCGUGUUGACAUCAGACUUAAAAUACAGGCCACAGUUGGCAUCAAGAGCUGGUGGAAGUUGACCUGUGACACAGACGUGCAUGCAGGCGUGACCCGAUGGAAGUCUCGUAAAAGAUUUAAUCAGUAAUUUAAAAAAAAAACAAAAACAACAACAACUCAUAAUGCAAUUUCGACUAAUUAUAUUUCUUAGUCAACGUUACAUGGGUCUUCACAUAGUUUGGUGGAUCUUAACCUAGCGGUACGACACCGACCAUCAUGGCGGCGUCAUCGCUGUGGUGAAUAAGUAUCAGAUUAACAUGUUGCAUUUGUGUAUAACAAUUGAUUAUAAAAAAAAAAACCACCACAACAUUAGUGACAGAUGUUUUGUUGGAUUUUUAUGGUGGCUCCAUCACUCCACCGUGUGACAGCUAGUGGGCUGAGGAAGAAAUCAGCAGAAGAACGGAAAAUACAGAGCAUUUAAGAGUCCACACUGGUGCUGAAGCGGAAACAUCUAGCGUGAUCUGUGAUACGGUAGAUGCUGUGUUCAGGAGCUCCAGUAGGGGGUGCUAUAGUCUCGAUGAACGGCACAGAACCUGGACGCAUCUUGGUAGAAAUCUGUUGUGUGCUUCUAUCCCCCCCAUACUAAAAUCACUAGGUCUUUUAUAAAGACAAGACGACAGCAAUACAGAAGACUUUUAAAAAAUAAAACAGUAGCUGACCAGAACGGGUCAUCUUUUGUCCUUUUUUUUUUUUUUUUCCCCCCCUCGAGCUUUGACCCACAGUUCUCUGCGAGUCGGCGUUGUUCUUCCGGUUUCCUCCAUCAGUGUGAAGAGUGUGAAACGUCCGUGUAUGAAAGUAUAAAAAUCUGUCCAUGCAGCAUGCGUAGGCUUUAAGAAAAGUGGACCCUCGGAGAUCAUUUUGACUGAGGCUGCGCAGAAAGCGUGAACUCUCCUUCCACGAGAAGACGUUUGAUGUGAAGCGCUCAGGCAUUUAUAACAACCCGGUUGUUACCCUCGAACUGGGCUGAGAACCAACACACACAGCCAGUGGGGAGGCGAGGACAACGUUACACCAGUGAUACAGUACACAACAUAUCAACUAACAAAAAAAAACGAGCACAGGUCGGCUUUUCUUUUCCUUCAUUUCAUUCCCUCGGUUCAAGUGAACAAUAUUUCAAAUCGACCGACUCGUGAUUAACGACUUAGUGCAAAAGUUUCAAACGUUGUGGUACUCGACCGAGGCGUGUUUUUUUUUUUUUUUUUUUUCCUUUUCUUUUUUU